AUGCCGCCCAAGCAGAAGAACGUGAAGAAGGCCCAGGAAAAGGCCAAACAGCAGUUUGUCGAGGAUAAAACCUUUGGUUUGAAGAACAAAAAAGGUGGCAAACAGCAAAAGUUUAUUCAGCAAGUGAAGCAGCAAGCUGGCCAGAAAAAUAACGCUCGACAACAGGCGGCGGCCAAGGAAAAGGCCAUGAUGAAUGACCUCUUCAAGCCUGUGCGCCAAAAGGCCAAGCCCGUAGAGCAAAAGGCCGUCAACACCAAAGACGAGGCCACUGAGUCUGGCAAGCGUAACAUCUAUGUUGACGCCCGCGACAAGAAGAAGGACGAGACGUCUGAGGCAUGGGAUCUUAACCAGCUCGGCGACGUCAUUCGUCAAAAGCACAGCUCUCAAAAGGUUCAGACCACCACCAACAAGGUUUGCAAGCAUUUCCUUGAGGCUGUGGAGAACGGCCUGUACGGUUGGUUCUGGGUGUGCCCCAACGGUGGCGAGUCGUGCAAGUACCGUCAUGCCCUUCCCGAAGGUUAUGUGCUGAAGAAGGACCGCAAGAAGGCGGAGGAUAACAAGAACUCCAUCACCAUGGAGGACUUGAUUGAUCACGAGCGUGCCAAGCUGGGUACCAACACCACCCCUGUGACUUACGAGACGUUUAUGAAGUGGAAGCGAAGAAAGGUGCGGCAGGCGCGACCCGCAUCCGUUUCUUUCUACUUGAAUCCGCAUGCCACUUCCCUCUUUGCUAUCUUCGUUAUGUUUUGCUUCAUAUGUGUGUGUGUGUGUGUGUGUGUGUGUGAUAUGCUCAUCCAUGCGGCUGGACCACAGAUUGCGGAGAAGAAGAAGCUGGCAGCAGCCGAGGCCAAGAAGAAGAAAAAAGAUGCGUCGGAAGGCCGUUCCUUUGGCGUUACGGGUCGCGAGUUCUUUUCGUUUCAUGCCGAUGCCGCGGGUCAGGAUGGCGAGGGUGCCGAUGACAAUGCUCCAGCUGAGCCCAAGGCGGCAGGCGUGGAGGGCGAGACGGAGGAGCCCGUCAAGGGCUUUGAUGUUUCUGUUUUCGAGAACGUCGACUACGGCGACGAGGACGAAGAUGACGAAGAAGGCGGUGAAGGCAUGGCCAAGCGGCGCAAAUUUUUUGUAUCAGUGGAGGGCGUGGACGUGGAUGCUGGCAUCUUUUCAAACCUGGAUGAAUUCGACAGUGUGGACGUAGACGAGACUGCGCGGGCGUGCGCAGCACCGGGCGCAUCGGCAUCAGAAGCCUAG